CUAUAAUGAACAAUUCUAUUAGCAUGCUUGCUUAAAUUUACCCAGACAUUGGUUUAUUAGCACUUACUUACAGACAGGGUAAUAUUCAUAUUAAUCAGCAGGAGAUAUUGAGUUUCCAGCUGCUAAUAUACACAUGCAGUACAAUUCAGUGUACCAUAUUUUGUUUCCUUUAGGUCUGUGGUUAAAAAAAUAAAGCAGAAAAAGAAAAAAACAGUUAAUAAAGCAGAGAGCCUACCAGCAGCAGCAGCUGAAAGCCCUGAUAGGGGAAAGCUUAGUGAAAUUACAGAGAACAGUGAAGUGCCUAUAGACAUAAGCCUUCCAGAACCUGAAAGUGACACAUUCGAUGUUUUCAGCUAUAUGGAGUCUAUAUUGUCAUCACAUAAAACGCCUAAGAAUCAGAAACGUAAAAAGGUACAACGUUAUGCAAUGUUUGAAGAAAUUAUGAAUAAUGAAGAAAAUGCAGAAGGAUUGACGCAACAGUUGAUUGCGCUUCAAAACAAAUCACCAACUCUCAAAGUUUUGGUGCGGUAUGAACCGAUAGAUGAUAGUAAGGAGGAAGAUGCUACAUCACUGAAGUCAGAGAUGGAAACUUCUACUAUCCAACUGCAGACUUCAGAACCCAGGGAACCAGAGAGUUUGGUGCAGUAUGAACCGAUAGAAGAUAGUAAGGAGGAAGAUGCUAAAUCACUGCAGUCUGAGAUGGAAACUACUACUAUCCAACUGCAGACUUCAGAACAGAGGAAACCAGAGAGUGAAGUACAAAUUCUACGGAUUGAACCACCUAAUGAGGAUGGUGAACUUCCUUUGCAAAUAGAGCAGGAAAGCAUUCCCGUCCCACAACAGCCUUCAGAACACAGUGAAGAUGUUGUCAAGAAAAGUGAAUCUACGGUGAAAGAGGACCUAUUUUUCUUUUUCUUAUUGUCGUGUGCUAAUAUGCUUCAGACAAAUUCCUCAGAACUAGCAGCAUAUGUUAAGCAACCUUCAGAACCUGAAUGAGAGGAGCAACCUGUGAAUCCUGAACCGAAGACACCUGCGUUGAUGAGCAUGGAAAAUCUUCUUCAAAAGUAGAACAGAGAUAACCUCAGUG